AUGCAGAGACUUAUUACCGUGCAGCAACCGGUGCACUUCAACAGGGACCGUUUAUCGUCGGCUGGCCUGUUCUUCGCGGCGUCCGACCUGUCGGGUCCGCCCCGGCUACAACAGCCGCAACACAACCGCCUGAUGAACUUGGGUGCGGCGCAACGACAGCAGAACAUCCGACGUUUUAAUUUUGCGCAAAACGUGUCGGUUGGUCGGGCGGGCACGGUCGGCGGAGCGAUGCCCAGUGCUCCUAUUGACCCGGAUGACGACGUCACGGCGGGUUUCUUUGGCUUUUUACCGCAGCAGCAACAGCAGCACCACCGCAGACAUCUCCGGUCACCCGCCGCCGUUGCCGUUGCUGUCGCUGUGGUCACCGCUGCAGACCGUUUUUUUAACCGCGGCCGACGUUUCCACAGGCACGUCCAACAUUUGGACGAGCGGCUAUCGGUAGCCGGUGUCUCUUUGCCCGCGGCCGGCCGCCGUCGCCGAUCGCCGCCGCACAACUUCCGGGCGAACCGCUUGUAA